ACAUCUCUAAUAGACAAUGAAGAGACUAAAGAGUAGAGACUAGACAGACAAAUAUUCAUAGAAACAACAAGUAGUCAAGAAAUAGGCAUCCUCCAUGAUCCAACCCCCAAUAUCUGACCCAAAGUUUUAAUUGAAAGUAGGGUCAGAGACAGACAGAGAGAGUGCAAAGGCUUGUGAGGUAUAUUGGCAUAUUACCCAGUUGUCCUUUGUUUGUCUCCUGUAUCUUUGAAAACUAAUUCUAAGAACCUUGUCCUUUUGAUCAUCUUUUCUCAAACUCAUCCAUUUUCUUCCUUUCUUUUCCACUUCUCCAUUCUUUCUCUAUCUAUUCCCUUAAUUAUCUUCACUAAUUUUCUCUUAAUUUUUGUCAAAUAGACAUUCUUAUACCAUCAUUUUUGUCAACCCCAUAUAGAAAUUAAACACCUUUUCAACUACUUUUAAACCAUUCAUAAAUCUUAUCCUUAUCUUACAAAAUAGAUAUGAGUUCUAUGAUUGAUCAUGAUUCAGAUGAUUCGCCUGAUUAUGCUGAGAUUGAUCCCACUGGUAGAUAUGGAAGAUAUCAUGAAAUUCUGGGAAAAGGGUCUUCUAAGAUAGUGUAUAGGGGUUUUGAUGAAUAUGAAGGAAUUGAAGUGGCUUGGAAUCAAGUUAAACUUACUGAUUUUCUGCAAAGACCUGAAGAUCUUGAAAGGCUUUACAGUGAAAUUCAUCUGCUCAAAACCUUGAAACACAAAAAUAUUAUGAAAUUCUAUACCUCAUGGGUUGACAUUACUAAUAGAAACAUCAAUUUUGUCACUGAAAUGUUCACCUCUGGUACUCUUAGGCAGUAUAGGCUGAAGCAUAAAAAGGUUAACAUUAGAGCAGUAAAACAUUGGUGUAGGCAGAUCCUUGAAGGGCUUCUGUACCUCCAUAGUCAUGACCCACCAGUAAUACAUAGAGAUCUAAAAUGUGACAACAUUUUCAUUAAUGGCAACCAAGGGGAAGUCAAGAUCGGAGAUCUUGGCUUAGCCGCGAUUCUCAGGAAAUCUCAUGCUGCCCGUUGUGUUGGUACGCCAGAAUUCAUGGCGCCAGAGGUUUAUGCCGAAGAAUACAAUGAAUUGGUUGACAUCUAUUCGUUUGGGAUGUGUGUACUUGAAAUGGUUACGUUUGAAUAUCCUUACAGUGAAUGCACACACCCUGCUCAAAUUUACAAGAAAGUUGUUUCUGGGAAAAAACCAGAAUCUCUUUUUAAGGUGAAGGAUCCGGAAGUGCGCCUCUUUGUUGAGAAAUGCUUAGCAACUGUGUCUGAUAGAUUGUCGGCAAAGGAGCUACUAGACGACCCGUUUUUGCAAAAUGAUGACGAAGGAUAUGAUUUGAGGCCAAUCAAGGAUGAUAGAUUGUUUGAUAAUAUCAGUAAAGUUGUGCCAUUACCUUGCCAAAAUGACAGCAUUUUGAUAAAUAACAGUUGCUUUGAGUAUGCUGGCUACGAACCGGAUCAUGAGCAUGAGUACCAAACACUAGAAUCAGCUGCCAAUGAAAUUGAGCUAUUCACUUUCCUUGACGAUGAUGAUUUGACCGAUAUGGACAUCAGCAUCAAGGGGAAGAGAAGAGCAAAUGGCGAUAUCUUCUUACGACUCAGAAUUACCGACAAAGAAGGGAGAGUGCGGAAUAUUUACUUUCCUUUUGACAUCGAGACCGACACUGCGUUAAGUGUAACAACUGAAAUGGUUUGCGAACUAAGUAUUAAAGAGGAAGAUGUGCAACGAAUAGCAGAUAUGAUCGAUAGUGAGAUUGCUUCCCUAGUCCCUGAUUGGAAGCAAAGUUCGGCAGUAGAAGAAGCAUCCGAGUGCUCUAGCAUCAAAGACGAUAAUGACUCUGUGGCUCGUGUUUCUUUAGCAGAUUAUCUUACCUUGGGCAGCCCAAGCCCAAAGCCGCGUAAUAUCCAACUCCUCCGUUGCUCUAGUCAUGGAUCGACUUCUAUGAGGGGACGUUUUGAAGAGAUAACUUUUUCAUCCGAGGCUGAUGGGAAAGAUUCUGGUGUGAUACUGAAUACCGAGCCAUAUGGUCAUCAUCAUCGUCGACCAAGCUUGAACUUCCACUUUGGUGAAACAUGCGAGUCACAUGACCUUUCGAAUUUAGAAAAUGAAACGACGAUCUCGAAAAAUAUUUGUCGGACUCAAACGCCGUAUAACUCUCCUGCUAGCUCCGUUGUAGACGAUAAAGAGUAUGAGGACGAGGCACGAAAGGAGCUGAUAUGGCUGAAGUCAAAGUACCAAUUGCAGUUGAAAGAACUGAUUGAUCCGCACUCGAGUGCAGAUAUGAAGCCCCGAUUCUCCACCGCAGAAAAGGAAUACAAUCGAUUAAAAUGGAAUAAGAAGAUACCUUUGCCUCCCCUUGGACGAGGAUUAAAAGCCCGCGAUCUUAAAAACGCAUUGGAAAAGUGUUUUACGCCUCAAUUCGCUACCCAAUCUUUUAGGAGGAAAUGCAGCAAUUUGCAGACCCGAAAGCUUCAAAGCGAGUGUUGCAGCCCCGAGAAUAUAGCGACUGCUAAUAGCUUUUACCCAGGAGCUGUGCUUCCUCAUUCCCUUCAAAGAACAACAUCUCUACCUGUUGAUGCUAUAGAUUUCUAAAUGAUUUAUCAAUAAUUACUUCUUUUUACUUAGUUUUUACAGUUCAGUCUUGUAUGUACAAUAUUUGUCUCGAGUAUACUCUAAAGUACAUGCAUCUCCCCUCCCAAUUGUAGGGGAGAGAUUCAAUUAUAUAUUUGAAUUGUGAAUAUGUGAUAGUAAGAUAUGGGAAGCUAUAAGCACUCGUACAUUGAUGAGAUUCAUUUCCUUGAUUGUUAAUUC